AUGUUACUAUUAAUUUUUUAUUAUCUAUUUUCAUUUGUUUUAUUUCAAUUAAAUAUAAAUUUGAUUUAUUCUAAAACACAAGACAGUUGUAUUACUUUUAAAAAUUCAUCAACACCUGCUGAAAAUAUAUGCGAAGAUUUUGUAGAUGAUAAUACGACAAUCAUAGUAGAAUUAAACUGUUUCAUUCGAAAAGCUUUAAUAAUGGAAAUGGAUGAAUGUCCAAGAAAUUAUUCACAUAUUUUCCUUACAUUCCCAGAUAAUACAAUUUUUGAAAGAUUUUUUAAGGAAAAUCAUGAAAUUAUUAAAAAUUUAUUUAAAAAUAGAACUCUUCUCAAUACUGUCACUUUUCACAUAGUAAUUAUAAGGGAUAAUCUUACGGAAAUCACAUGGAAUUAUAUCAAUUCAACAUUAAAAAUUAAUCUACAAGAUUAUACUGAACUAUUAGUUGGCUUUGAACAACAAAAUCGAGAUAGAAUACUGCCAGUAAUUGGGGAUGAUUUUCCUUAUUAUAAUAAUAGUCUGAUUAAAUUGCGUGCAUCAUGUGGAAAUAUACAAGGAACCAUUAUAUACCAUCCAGUUAAAAAUGGAACUAUGGUACUUGAACAGAACGAUUGUAUAAAUAAAACGUAUGAUAUUAUCUUAAGUACAACGGAUACGACUGUUAUACUUACGUCUGAAUUGAUAUCAACAAUUGCAUCAGAUACAACAAGAAAAAUAACAACACCUCAGUCAACAGAAAUAACAUCUACUGUUAAAGUAGAAACGACAAAAGAGUAUCAAACAACGAAGUUAAUUACUAAUAUGUCUAGCCCCAUUUCAAAAGCGACACUGAUAACUAUAUCUGCAUUAUCAACAAUGAAAACAACAACAGAAAAGAUUAUUUCAUACACUAUCAACAUGAAUUUAUCGUCUACUCAGCUAUCAAAAACGUCCGAUAAUACUUUACUUCAAUAUGUUCUUCCUAGUCUAGUCAUAUUUUUAAUAUGUAUUGCAAUAUGUACCAUCCUAAUGUAUCAUCGUCAAUAUAAAUCAAAUGAUACUAUCGAUGAUGAUGCCAGUAUACUGUCAGAACUAGCUAGUACUGAUAUAUCGAUAAUUAAAAAUAAUACUACGACAAAUGUUACACGUACUUUUGACGAUAAUUUUUAA